AUGGCAUUGAGCAUAGCUUUGCAUUUCCAGUACUCAUAUGCAGCACGUCCAAUCUGCUCUAGCAGAUCAUGUUUCGUGAAGAAGAUUGUUCCUGUCAAAUAUGGCAGAGAAAUCGGGGUACCAAAUUCAUCACCUUUUUGUUAUGAUCUAGAGCGAGAAUUAAGAGCUUUUGAUGACACAAAAGCUGGAGUGAAGGGCCUAUCAGAUUCAGGUUUAGCAAAGCUGCCUCGUAUUUUUGUCCAUGACAACAUUGACCAAGAAAAGAAGUCCUGGAACGGCAGGCUCCAGUCUAGUAUUCCUGUCAUAGAAUUGGAGGGUUCUGAGAUCACUGACCAAGUUCCCGAUGCAUGCGAAAGAUGGGGAUUUUUUCAGGUUGUUAAUCAUGGAAUUCCAGACAGGACAAUGGACAAAAUGUUGGAGCGGAUUAGGAUGUUUCGCGAACAGGAUCCUGAGAUUAAAGGGGAUUAUUAUACGCGUGAUUUCACAAGAAAUGUUGCGUAUUAUAGCAAUUAUGAUCUGUAUGAAUCAGCAGCAGCAGUUUGGAAAGAUACAAUUACAUGCAAAAUAUCUCCUCAGUGUUCAACCAGGAAGAACUGCCUGUAG